AUGUCAGUGAGAAACACAACUUCUUCCUCCGACUUCACACUUCUGGGGCUUUUGGUGAGCGGUGAAGCUAUUGGUGUUGUAUUCACAGUCAUCUUUGCUAUCUUCAUAGUGGCCAUAACAGCAAACUUGGUCAUGAUAUUCCUGAUUCAGGUGGACCCCCAGCUCCAUACCCCCAUGUACUUCCUGCUCAGCCAGCUCUCUGUCAUGGACACCCUCUUCAUUUGCACCACUGUCCCAAAGCUCCUGGUGGACAUGGUGUCCACAGAGAAGACCAUUUCUUUUGUGGCCUGUGGCAUCCAAAUCUUCCUCUACCUGACCAUGAUUGGGUCAGAGUUCUUCCUGCUGGGGCUCAUGGCCUACGACCGCUACGUGGCUGUCUGCAACCCUCUCAGGUAUCCGGUUCUGAUGAACCGCAAGGUGUGCCUUCUGCUGGCCUCUGGUGCCUGGUUUGGUGGCUCUCUUGACGGUUUUCUGCUCACCCCCAUCACCAUGAAUGUCCCCUACUGUGGCUCCCGCAGUAUCAACCACUUCUUCUGUGAGAUCCCCGCAGUGCUCAAGCUUGCCUGCGCAGACACGGCCUUGUACAAGACCCUGAUGUACAUCUGCUGUGUGCUCAUGCUGCUCAUCCCCAUCUCCAUCAUCUCCACCUCUUACUCCCUCAUCUUGUUGACUGUCCACCGCAUGCGCUCUGCGGAGGGCCGCAAGAAGGCCUUCACCACUUGCUCAUCCCACCUGACUGUUGUCAGCAUUUUCUACGGGGCUGCUUUCUACACAUAUGUGCUUCCCCAGUCAUUCCACACUCCCGAGCAGGACAAGGUGGUGUCAGCCUUCUAUACCAUUGUCACUCCCAUGCUUAACCCACUCAUCUACAGCCUUAGAAACAAGGAUGUCAUGGGUGCACUGAGGAGGGUAUUUGCACGGUGCUCUUCAGCUCAGAAAGUAGGAACAGGCAGCAGCUAG